AUGCAUUUCACAAAUUCACAGUCGUGCUAGACAGGGGUGUAUUGAGCUGCUUUUGUAGGAUGGUGAGGGGUACAAACACACACCCCUGUCCCUAUCCACAGGAGGGAUCUGUCAUUUCAGAGGUAAUCCAAGGUACUGGUCACAUCAGGUUACUCCAUAUUGAUAUAAAUCUGGAUGGUUUAAGAUGACGUCAUUGCUGUCAUUUCCGGUAUUUAUGGCCCUUUCUUUCAUUGCAAUUCAGUGCACACAAGGUUGGAAUCAGCUCGGUCCUUACGACACAUUGACGUCUACCCUACUUGAAUCAUAUAACAAUCACAACCCACCAUCGUACAGUCAACCAACCAAGGUUGAGAUAGCCAUUAUCCUUCAAAGUAUCACCAAACUGGAUGAAUUCGAGGGGACAUUUUCGGCAGUUGCCUGGCAGAAACUGUUAUGGAAAGAUGAUCGUCUAUCCUGGAAUAAAUCGGAAUAUGACGGCAUCAAAGCCAUCCGUGUCCCUGCUUGGCAAAUAUGGAAACCCGACAUCAUACUUUACAACAGUGUCGAAGAGAGGAAGAUAUUGUCAGAGGUACAGGCUGUGGUUUAUUCAGAUGGUACCCUGUAUCACAUCAUACCUAUUAGCAUCAAAUCAUCGUGUAAAAUGGACCUUAGCAAGUACCCUUAUGAUGUACAGAACUGCACGCUGAUCUGGGGUGCCUGGAUGCAGGAUAAUUCGCGGAUAUCAUUGAGUACUUCCGCCACUAAUCUUGAUCUAGAAGACUUCACACCAAACCCAAUCUGGGAGAUCGUUGACACCACCCUGGCCAAGAACAUCAAGAAAUAUGAUUGCUGUCCGGAGACAUACGAGGAUAUAGCAGUCUCGAUCAUCCUACGUAGGAAGCAACCCGAUAGUCUCAUCGCAUCGGCUGUCAUAGCAACCUGGAUGAUUGUGGUCGUUUUCGUCAUCUCACCUCCUUCAUCCGGUGAACGAAUCAUCUUCGCUGGUUUCAUCUUUGUUUCUCUCAUCAUCCUAUCAGCUUGGUUGAGUGCCACCGUACCUUCCUACACAUCAACGAACCUCGGCAGAUUUCUCGUGUUUGGGAUGUUGAUGACGGCCAUGAUCACGGUCUUGUUAGCCGUAUGCCAUGGGCUCUAUCCGAGGCAAGAUGGGGAGAAAGAUAGCGAAACGACAGCAAAGGAUAUUCUGAAUGAACGGAGGCGGCGGUACUUCCGACUGUUCGAUGCCGGUGCUAUGAUCUUCAUCGUCGUACUUCUAUCAGUUAUGACAGGCGCCCUCUUCGCCUCGUGA